GUCAUAGUUCACAGCAAAGCAUCUAAGUGAAAUGAUCAUCGUCGUGUCUCGUGUACAUUUAAUCAAAGCCUUCUAUUCAUGCCAAGUACAAAGGAAACUCUAACCCUAGACCGAUACCUUUUUGAAACCUCACUCCUCUGAUUGUUCAGAUCAUCCGGGUAAGUUCCAACAUUCCUUAAAUUUCACUCCAAUUGUCUGGAAUGCGAUUUGUCACUCUUCCAAUUCUGCCUCCAAUUGCAUCAAUUCUAAGUCUUGGGUUUCGUUUCGCUUUCAAGAAACCGAAACCCUAGACAACUUUUCGUGCCUGGGCUUGAGUAAUUGGGAGCUGAAACUCCUUUAGGGGAUAAUAAGAUUCGAAAUGAAGGCGCUAAAUGGCUUGUUUGGUGCGAGACGCAGAAAGUUUCAUGGGGUUUUCAAUGGCUUAUGUGUCAUGAUUGUGCUUUUCUUCUUUUACAAUCGAGAAGACAUCAUUCGCAACCCGCUUCUUAGGCAAUCUUCGUUUUUGGUAAAUCGUGGUUUGCCUCAAAAAUUGAUUUUGGAAAAUGGGGCUUUUGUGAUUCACCGUAGAAUGGUUGAAAUCAGUGUUAACAGUUCAAGUGCGGCUGGUGACAAAGAUUUAGGUGCGAGUAAUCCUGGAUUUUGUAGUGGGUUGCUCCAUCAUGAUGGUUAUGCUAGCCCAUGUGAAUUCUUAAAAGCCUAUCCACAGUGCUCUUCUGAUGGGUAUCUUGAUUACUUGAGAUUUUUCUAUUGUAAAUGUGGUAGUUUUAGAGUGCUUGGUUAUCUAGUAUUGGGUUUGUGGCUUGCUGCUUUGUUUUAUCUCUUGGGGAACACUGCUGCAGAUUACUUUUGCCCUUCUCUUGAGCAUCUUUCGAGGCUCUUGAAAUUGCCUCCAACUGUGGCUGGGGUUGUGCUGCUUCCACUUGGGAAUGGAGCACCUGAUGUGUUUUCCAGUAUUGCUGCCUUUGUGGGCACUGAAACAGGUGAAGUCGGUCUUAACAGCGUGUUAGGUGGUGCUCUCUUUGUUACCACUAUUGUUGUUGGAGCUGUUUCGUUGUGCGUUGCGGAGAAGGAGAUUCAAAUUGAUAGAAGGUGCUUUAUAAGGGAUGUGAGUUUCUUUCUCGUCACUCUUGUUUCGCUGCUUUUGAUUUUGGUUGUUGGUAAGGUGGGUGUUGGGGCAGCCAUUGCUUUUGUAUCGAUUUAUGUUGUUUAUGCAUUCAUUGUUGCUGCCAAUGAGAUGUUGAGGAAACAGGCGCGGAGGUUGAAAUUGGAUGCUGUCACGCCAUUACUUACUGUCCAGGGAAGUGUGUUCUCUAUAGGUUCUGAAGAGGAUACUUCUGUUUAUAGCUCUUUGCUUGACUUAGACACUGAGAGUGAUCCUCCUCGUCUCCCUCCAUCAUUGCCUCAGUGGAUGUGGUCUUCAAAUGUGGCAAUAUAUUCAAAUCAGGCAAAUAAAAUCAAUUUUUCAGAUGAUGAAAGGCCUCCUUGGGGAUGGAGUGACGAGCCCAUGGAAAACACCAGGACAUCUUUCUCUGUUUCAAAACUUUUUCUGCUGAUGGAGAUGCCACUUGCAAUUCCUAGACGGCUAACAAUUCCGAUGGUCCACGAGGAAGUAUGGUCAAAGCCAUUAGCUGUGACCAGUGCUUCAUUGGCUCCCAUUCUUUUAGCCUUUUUGUGGAGCACCCAAGAUAAUGUGAGUAAUCAGAGUAUUAUACUUUCAUAUUGUGUUGGCGUUGCUCUUGGAUGCACAUUUGGAAUUCUUGCAUAUAACUACACACUGUCUGAUCAUCCACCAUCUCAGUUUUUACUUCCUUGGGUUCUUGGAGGAUUCAUCAUGAGCAUAGUGUGGUUCUAUAUAAUAGCAAAUGAGCUUGUAGCACUAUUGGUAGCGUUUGGUGUAAUUUUCGAAAUUAAUCCAUCCAUCCUUGGAUUAACCGUCUUAGCAUGGGGAAAUUCAAUGGGAGAUUUGAUGUCAAAUGUUGCAUUGGCAUUGGAUGGAGAAGAUGGAGUUCAGAUUGCUUUAUCUGGAUGCUAUGCAGGUCCUAUGUUCAACACACUUGUUGGUUUGGGAAUCUCGUUGUUGCUUGGGGCAUGGUCAAAGAAACCUUCUGUGUAUGUGGUGCCUAAAGACAGUAGCUUGUUCUACACCAUGGGAUUUCUCAUCACAGGACUGUUAUGGGCACUUGUCCUUCUACCUCGCAAUAACAUGCAUCCUAACAGAAUACUAGGAAUGGGACUCAUCACCCUUUAUUUCAUAUUUCUUUCUUUCAGGGUGUUGACUGCUAUGGGGCUCAUAACGAUUGCUGGUUUAAGUUGAUUCUAUUACAAUUGAUCUAUGUUGUAAUCAAAAUUGAGCGUGGUUUCUACCACUGUUUGGACCAUGUGCUAUAAUUUCUGCUGUGCUGACGGUUGAUGUAUAGGGGGCCAAAAGAAAUUCAGGAAAGUAAAAAAUGAUCUCCAUAUAGCAGGAAUAACUUAACUGCCCCAGCUGAAAAUGUCAUUGCUGUAUAUCCAAACGUUAUUUACUCCUCAAUCCAAUUGACUAUAGGUAGUUUUUCUUUACAUUUGUAGAAAAAUGAAACACUUAACGAAUUCUACUUGCUGAACCUAAUUGAAUAAUGAUGACUUUCCAUAAUCAGCAGUUUAACAAUCUGUUGUGUUUGAUUUCUUCUGGGUAACUUAUGUACACAUUGGACACCUACAUUUACAUACCAAAAAAUUUAAUUGGCUAC